UUUUCACCCAGGCAGAGGGAAGGGCGGUCUCUCUCCGCUGAGUGUCUGCCUCGGAUGCAUUUUAAAAGUAAUUGCGAAGGGUCCCACCGCAUAUCAUUUGCAGACUGGAAGCGAGCAUAAAUCCAAGGACCCCUUGCUGAGAACAAAAUCAAACUUUCCUUUUGUACGAUCGCUUGGAAAGGGAAGUCGUGUGCAAAGCGUCCCCCCAAAACCCAUCCGGCGGGCAAUUACCGGCGCUUUGUCAAUUUCCAAUCCGGGAGCCGCUGGGCCUUCGCCAUAAGAGCAAGUACCGAAAAAAAAAAACUCUAUAUAAAUCUAUCUAUCUAUCUAUCUAUCUCCCUCUCUCCCCCUCCCCCUUAAAUAAGGGUUCUGUUUAAGGGAACUUGAACAGAGGAGCGAGGGAGCAAGGAGAAAUAGAAAUGUUUAUAGAAUAAUUUUUUGUUUGUUUCUGAUUUGUUAUGGGGGGGGGGAACCAACAUUCCUGAUGUUUGCUGAGAAAUGACGGAUUUUUUUUUUUAACACCACGUGGGCCAUUUGUAAGGCCCAAUAGACCUAUCCAAGUUACUCACUGUAGACAGCGCUGGAAAUAAUCAGAUUAAGGCCAAUUAUGCGUGAGAUUAUAAAGGCAAGUGCUGAGAGGCAGAUCAUGCUGUAGACAGAUAUAAAGACAUCUGGCCACUUCCCGAACUCUGUAGAGUCCUUCUGUGACUGCAGCCGGCAAUUCCCAGCUCCUUACGCUGCAUAGAUGUCCGACUGGUGCUUUCGUCUCUACUCGCAUUAGCCCUGGACCCCAGCCCGAACCUGCUUCCCAGUUUGCAAUGUUUUAUUUCCACUGUCCUCCGCAGUUAGAGGUAGGCACUGCACCCUUUGGCAACCACUCCACAGGUGAUUUUGAUGAUGGAUUUUUGCGGAGAAAACAACGUAGGAAUAGGACGACUUUCACUCUUCAGCAGCUGGAAGCUCUGGAGGCAGUCUUUGCCCAAACCCACUAUCCAGAUGUCUUCACCAGAGAGGAGCUAGCCAUGAAAAUCAACCUCACAGAAGCCAGAGUGCAGGUAUGGUUUCAAAACCGAAGAGCAAAAUGGAGGAAAACAGAAAGAGGGGCUUCUGAUCAGGAGGGCCCCAAAGAGCCAAUGACUGAAGUGACCCCACCAGUGAGAAAUAUCAAUUCCCCUUCCCCUGCAGAACAAACUCGAAACAAAAAGGAUACUUUAGAGGCCCAGCAGAGCCUGAGUCGAACUGUGGGUCCCACGGGACCUUUCUUCCCUUCGUGCUUACCUGGAACACUCCUGAACACAGCCACCUAUGCUCAAGCUUUGUCACAUGUUGCUUCAUUGAAAGGGGGUCCGCUGUGCUCUUGCUGUGUUCCAGAUGCCAUGGGGCUCUCCUUUCUCCCAACUUAUGGCUGCCAGAGUAAUCGUACUGCCAGUGUUGCUGCCCUCCGCAUGAAAGCCCGGGAGCACUCAGAAGCUGUCCUGCAGUCUGCUAACCUCCUGCCUCCCACCAGCAGCAGCCCCACCCCACCGGCCAAAACCAACCCAGAGAAUAGCCAAGACAAGACGCCCCCUGCCAAGGAACAGAGUGAGGGGGAGAAGAGCGUAUGAGUUGCUAAAGUCACAGAUGAUUUCAAUAAACCCUCCCAUGUCCUCCUCCCUUCCUUGUCUCUUCUCCUCAACCCCAGCAGAAACAUUAAACACAAGUUAUGAGACAUAAGGUGUCUACAUACUAGACAACCUUUUGUGUAUUGGCGUACCAUGGAGUUUUUCUGGAGAUCAGAGAUAUAAGAGGGACAGAAGGAUGAAUAUUUUGGCUAUAUCCGCCAUAGUCCUUCUUGAAUCCUGAUGGAUGAACCUGUGUAACUUAUUUAUUUAUUCACAUAUUUGUUUAUUGCUUUGUCCCUGUUGCUGUUGAAUGUUCUUGAGGGUUUAAGUGACUUUUUAGCCUCCCUCAGACUCUGUUUGCAGUGAGGUCAUGACAAUUUUUCUCCAGUGCUACCAUCAUCAUUGUAUAGUCCCCCCAAAAAUGUCAGAAGGGAGGUGGGAUGUCUUUCCUUUAACACUCUUGACCCAUUCCCAGCCUCACUGAACUCAUUUAUAUAUCUCAGAGAGCUUUUCUUUUCAAUCCAAAGUUUUCUAACUUGCACUGUUGAGCUUUGGCACAUACCCAAGUUGGCAGUAUAGUUAGUUGCUCAAGGGAAAGCAUGCAGCUUAACUUUCUCAUGAUAUAAAAAGGUCCCUUUCCCAUUUAGAUAUAUUAAGAACUAGGGAAAAGGCAUAAUCUCCCACUAAUAUUGCUUCUUCACCAAGGCCAAUUGCCCUUUCCGCCUGAGAGUUUUCUUUGUUCUCUUGCUUUGAAGAGUUGGUUGUGUGUUUCAUUAGAAGGGGUUUGGGGAGAUAUUGGUCAUGGAUGUUUGCCAGAACUCAGUCACUCCCAAAUAGGUAUUUGUUGUCUCAACUGAUGACAUCCUUUUAUUUUUUCUAUAUUCCAUCAUGGUGACCUG